AUUUGAAAGUUUUUUUUUGUAUUUAAAUAAUUAUGACAUAUUGACUUUGAGUAUUUUCCUGACAUUAAAUUCGUAAUAAACGCUUAACUUAAUUUCCGAUAAUAAUUCUCGACGCAUGAGAUCAAUUGGAAAGAGAAAAAAAAAGACAAAUCUUUACAGCGUGAAGCAAAACAUGCAUUUCCUUUUCGUCAGAAAGUGAUUUUUAUCUCGGCUGUCAGUUGAAAGUGAUCAACACAUGAAAUAUUUUUCUACCAAAAGCUAUCUUACCAAGAAAACAAACAUUUCAAAAAUAUGGCACGGAAAUUUCCAAUUUAAAACGAAGGAGUAAAAUGUUUGAUUGAAAACGCCCGAUAAAUUAAUUAUACAAUUAGGCAAUUUUUCAGAUUAUUAUUGAAAUACUUUACACAUUGAUUAAAGGCAUACGCCAAUCUCGUGGUUGUAGCCACGGUAGCUCAAUUAUACAUAAUUGCUUGUAGCGUUGAAUCUAGAUUAAAACGAUUACGUAGAUUGAUUGCGUCUGGUGAGGCGAAGAUCAAAUUGCAUUUUCCUGUGUGUAUCGAUGCCAUGUGUGGGUGUUUGAAAAUGUUCAAAAAUGCAAAAAGAAAUCAUAAAUUGAUAGGCGACAAAAUCAAUUUUAUUUAUAAAUAAAGUAAGAUUUUUUUCAAGUUGUUUUUGUACAGUUCAUUCGUCAACACGCCGUAUCAAUUCGCGAAUACUGAUCACAUGCGAUAAAAAUGGUUGUGGGGAAAGUAAGCGUUUGUGAAAUGGAGCUAUUUUUAUUAUGUGUGUAUUUCGGUUGUUUGAUGUAAGAUGUAAGUUUUUCAUCAUGUUUUGUAUUCGUAUAUUCGCGCAUUUAGUCUGAUGACAUGAAUAAAAAAAGAAAUACUGGGCAAUUUAAUGAGUGAACGGGUCGAAGAGUCGUAUAAAAUACAAUUUUAAUGGCAUUUUGCUUCUGAAUGUUUUGCAUAUGAAUCAGUUGUAACGUCUGCUCAGAAUAGCGUAUGAGAUCAAUGUUUUGAUAGCACUAUUAAACACACAUACAAAAAUGAAAAAUUCCAUUUCUUUGUGUCACUUAAUGCUAGGCAGUUGACUCAAUCUGAAACAUAAAAAAAAAUUGUCAACCAAAUUUCCUCUCGAUCUCACAUUGUAAAGUGCAAUUUAAAUGUAGCAACUGACAAAUACACUAACAUAUCAAUGACAAAAAUAAAAAAAAAUUUAAGUGUCAAUAAAAACAAAACGAAAUAGAAUUACGAUUUAUAACAUAAGUGAGAACAUAAAAUUCUAUUGGGUCUAGUGCAUUUUAGAUCAAUGAAAAAUUGAGCUGUGCGUUAACGCCAGACAGCAUUGGAACAACCGAUAUUCAAUGUUUAACGAAUGGUGAGCGAGAGUAAAAAAACACACGGUCAAAAAGAGCAAGUAAAUAGAAACGUAGUGAAAUAGGCAAUAACAGCGAUCAAAGAAACCCAUAAAAUCGCCCGAUCUUAAGAAAACGAACACUUUGCCUCUAAUUGGAAUCAAUAAUAAUCACAUAGUAUGGCGACAAGCAACAGUCUUUGAGUUAAAAACAUCGUACAGAAUAAUAAUGUAAUCAGAAUCACUUCAAAUCGAUUCAAUGGACACUUAACGCACACGAAACAAGAAAAAAAAUUAUUGCACACCAAAAAAUCAAAUAAAAAAAAGACCAAUGAGUAAACAACAUCUAUAUAUACAAUCAUCAACUAACGCACAUAAUAAUAAUCGUUAAUUCUAUGCAUGCAAUUUGAGAGCGACACACACCACCACCGGCAACAACAACAUCUACACGGACAGUGAGAUUGUGGUGCGCAAACGUCAAUUUUGUAUGCUAAAUAAUACGCGGUCGCAAUCGAAAUUUAUUAUAUUAUCUUGUAGUGAAUACGAUCAAGUUGCCAUUUAUAUGCGCAACCGGCACAAAAUUUACAUCGAAACACUUUAUUGAGCGAGAGAAAGGAGUGAAAAAGAGAGAGAAAGACUCAAUGCCUGUAAUGCCGCUCAAAACGAAUUGACGAGCAGAAGUGUGUGGCAAAGGAAUAUAUACAGUCAACUUGGUGUGAAACUGAUCAUUAAUAAAAAUUAAGCAGUUAAUUUCUCUGGUCGGUGGAAUAUUUUGUAUGUAAAUUGCAUCUAUAAACAUCGUUAAGUGAAUUGCGAAUGAUAAAUAAAUCGGAACGCACUAAAUAAAAUCAAAUAUAAAAAAAACAGUGAAUAGAGAAAAAGAGAAUGAGUGGCAGUACAGUAUCCAGUGUGGUGUAUUUAUUUUCUUUUUGGUGUCCGGAUCUUUUUUUGUUAUCGCAAACCACAUCAAACAUUCUUUCGCAUCGCAAGAUGUGCACAUGAAAUGGAUUCAUAUGGUGUGAAAUUGACUUUUUAAAAUCGGUCGGAUGCUCAUCAACCGUCAUAUGUAUCAAGUGAUGGUUUGUGAAAUAUGAUGUUUUUUAUGGUCCUGUCAUUCAUAAACAUCACAACUUUUUUUCGUUAUUGAGUUCAAGAGGCAAUCAAACUACUUGGCAGUGAAGAGGUCGAUUUCGUUUUGCAAUUCGAGAUUCUUGAUGUGAAUCUUCAUUUUUUUUUGGAAACUAAAAUAUAAAAAAAAGUGUUUAAAUAUGAUGUGGAUAAAUCGUUCAAACUUGAAAAUGGUUGUGCUCAAAUUUCAAUUGCUCAUUGUGUGUUACUUAAUCAACGGCCAUUAUGCAUAUAGAGAUUAUCAAUUGGAUGAUGAUGCAAAUGAUAAUCAGCACGAGUCAAACUCAAAUUCCAGCCAAAUUAAUUCCAACCAACCACCGGAUCUGUUCAGCUGUUGUAGCAUUUCAUUUGGAUCGUGUCGUUCGUCUUGCGAAAAUUUAUCUUUGGUGCAAUUAGCGUCGGCAAGUCUUAUUGGAAAAGAUACCAAAUUAUCGGAUUUACGCCGUAAUUGUCCAUCAAUUCAAACUGAUUUUUGGCACUGCAUGAACCAAACUUUACAUGCUGUGAAUCGUGGUGAAUCGUGGUCGGGUAGAUUAUGUUGUAAACAUGCAAUAACAGUGAAUUGUGAAAAUACAUGCGCCACAUCGAUGAGCAUUCAAGAUACAUUAUCUAGUUGCCGGCGAAGUGAUGAGCAAACAUUGUUCGAUUGCUUUGAACGUCAAGAGGUCGGCGACAAUUGCUGUGGAAAUGCAAGAACAUCAGAAUGUUUACAAGCAUGUCGUGACAUAUUUCAAAGUGAAAAAUCGGCCACAAAAGAACAACGACAGUUGGUAGAACAUGCUUGUAAUGACAAUAAUACCAAUUUGAAGGUGUUGAACUGCGUGAGAGAAAUUAUGGAUGUGACACCGGUAGAAAAUCCCAAGCAAUAUAUGCCUUGCUGUGGCCAUUCUCGAUCGCCAAUUUGUCGCGAGACAUGCAAACAAAUUUUGGAAAUCGGUGAAACAAUGCAGGAAAUCAUCGAUACACUCUCAAAGGGUGGAUGUGGGCCGCCGUUACCACAUUACGAACCAUUGUGGCAAUGUUUUCUAUCCGGCAAUCAUCAUUCAUCGCAUUCACCUUCACCGGAUGGUGCAUUGGUAUCACAGAUCAAUCAAAUUGGUAUCGAUUCGGCAAAAUUGCAUUGUUGCAACAAAGCAUUAUCGCCAAAGUGUCGUCGUCUUUGCUCUCAAACAUUUUCAAAUGAUUGGACGGAAACGAGGAGUGAUUUUGAUAUGGACUGUUAUUCCGAGUGGAGUGAAUUUUCGCUAAGGCAAUGCUUGGACGAAGUUGAUGAGCCAUGCGAACUUGGCUGCGAUUCACUUUCAUACUGCACAAAUUUCAACAAUCGCCCCACCGAAUUAUUUCGAAGUUGUAAUUCGAAUGCCGAUGCUGCGGCUCAAGGUAAUACAGUACUGUGGCGAGAUAAUCAAGCAUUAACAUUGCCCGGUCUGAUUUUGCCAAUCAAAGACAUCGAAAAAUGUGAACCAGAAGCAUGGCGUGCCAUUGCGUGCAUGCUCCAAAUUAAACCAUGCUCACGAACAAAACAUACAACACAAAUUUGUCGUGAAGAUUGUUACAAUUUGCUUACGAAAUGCAUCGAUUGGACACGAAUGGAAACGCGACACACGCCCGAAUCAGUUUGUGCAAAAUUCUCAGUUGAUUCGGAAAAUACAUCGUCUUCGCCGUGCAUUUCAAUAAAACCAUAUUUGGAACCAAGCGAUUCACCGCAGAAUGGUUGGCCGGCAAAUCAUCAAAUCAUUUUACCUUGUCGCGGUCAUUCGUGCAAUGCGACCGAAGUGUGUAUAUCAGAUAAUAAGAGAGAUCAUCAUAGCAUAUCGGCAUCGACACCGUUUCGUUGUGUUCCUGGUUGUCCAUUGGGCGAAACAUCAUCGUACCUGGUUCCAGUUGGUUCAUAUGCACGCAUUCCGGUAUCAAUGAAGCACAAAGGAUGUUUCAAAGUGUGUCGUUGUAUGGCCAAUGGUAGAUUGGAAGAUUGUCAGGCAAUGCCGUGUAUGUCAUAUGAUUCAUGUAAAUCGGGCGAUCGACAAAUUGAACAUGGCCAAUUCAAUGUGGAGUGUAACAUUUGCAGCUGUUUCGCUGGAGACAUAACGUGCACAAAAAAGCAAUGUCGCGUUCUUGGCAUUUCUGAAUACACAAGUUUGCCAUGUAACUGUGCGCCACAUCAUGUUCCAGUUUGUGGACGAAACGGUUAUACAUAUCCAUCGGAAUGUGUAUCAAAAUGUGCCGGUUUGCAAGUGGCCGAUAUCGAAUUUCGAGCAUGUAGGGAUAGUAAUCCGUGUCGUGAUGCAAAAUGUCCCGCAUACUCACAAUGCAUUGAAAGCAGACAAGUCUGUUUAUCGGUGAUGCAUCGACCAUGCCGCCAAUAUCAGUGUAUUAAUGUCACUUCAAAUUGUCGAAAUGGUGAUAAACCUGUGUGCAGUGUCGAAGGUCAAACAUAUGCGUCGAUGAUUCACUUGGUGAAAGCAAAGGCGACGCUCGCAUAUACAGGAAGAUGCCUUGAUAGCUGUCGUAAAGUGCCAGUUUGCGGAAUAAACGGUGUCAGCUAUAGAAGUGAAUGCGAAGCAUGGAGCGAUUACGUUGUAGCCGACUAUGAGGGUGAAUGUAGAGAAAUUGGCCUUCUUACAAAUACAUUGGGCCCCCGAUGUGCCUCGGUUAGAUGUAACUUCAAUAUGAAAUGUGCCGAAGGCGCAAUCAUUCCGCCUGGAUCGUGUUGUCCCGUAUGCGGUGGCGCUGUACGAAUCAUCUAUUCUCGAAAGCAAAUAGAUCGAGCACUGAUCGCAUUAAAAGGAAAAAAUACUGAUAUGCUUUCGUUAAAAGGCAUUUUACGGGCAUUGGAUAAUCUUAUUCAAGUCGUCCAUUGUCGAAUCAGCGGCUAUUUAACGAUUGAAGCAGACAUUUUUGUCAUCGUUCACACCACACCCGGAGCGAAUUUAUCUCAAUUACAACAUGAGGCAUGUAUUCGAGAGGCCGAAAAAAUAGCCACAUUAAUCGAUACUCAGAGUCAUCGCAUCACAAGCGAUCUUGCAUUAAGCUCAUUAACUGUGGCCAAUGUUGUACGACCAGAAGAUUUAGACUUACAAUUUAAUUCGGCUAGCACAUGUUAUCCAUACAUUACUAUUUUACUUGUAUCGAUAGUCAUUAAUAGAAUUUACUUAAUUUAAAAAAUGUCAUAAUUUGUAGCUAAAACUUAAUUUCGUACCAAAAUGUGCCAAAAACAAUUUUAAAAAAAUAUCGUCAAAUUUCUAGUUUGCUAGGAAAAAAAUACGUGAAUUCAAAGUGUCAAUAUCAAGUAGUUUCGUCGAAGUAUCAUCGCGCAUUUUAUAGAAAAAACAAAUACAUUGCGAGAUCUUCGGAAUUUAUAUGUUUGUUAGGUUUGUUCAAGUUAGCAUAAAUUUUUAUCGAUAUUUAAACUUUUAUAGUUAAGUAUAUAAUGACAGUGUACCAUACCUGUGAUAAAUAAGCUAAAUAUUCAUUUUAUAUCGAUGAAUAGCGUCUCUUUUAGAUAGUGUUUGAUGUUUACCCCAAAGAUAUUGUGUGCAUGUGCAUUUCCUUUCCAGAAAAAACUAACAAUUGAAAAUGACAAAUGAUUUGGCGAAUCUUAAUUUUAGAAAAACCGUAUCAUUCACAAUUUUAUUGGAAACAAUUCUUUAAAAAUAAAAGUCUUUUUUGAAACA